CGACAGAACGAACCUGCAUGAAGCCUGCGAGCCUACGGACUCCCAUUUGAAAAAGAAAAGUCAACCGAUCUAAUAACAUCCAUCCCCCCUAGUCCCAAGUUCCAAAGCAAUUCUUUCCAUUUCUUUGCUCGAAUUUUUGAUAUUUCUUGUUUCUUCACGGCAAGACGAGCAAAACAGAAAAAGCAAGUAAGGAUUUAAGAAACGAAACCUGAAAAAACAUCACUCAGUCACGGUCCAUACCAGUCACCCACCACCACCUUCUUGUUCUUUUUGUCCGAGAGAGAGAGAGAGAGAGAGAGAGAGGGAGGGAGGGAGAGAGAGAUGGGUCUCGCUUCCUCGCAGUGUCUCUUCUUCUUCUUCUUCCUCUGGGUGUUCAGCUUCCUCGCGAGCCAAAGCAACGUGCUUGUCUCCGCAACGAGCGCGGAGCUGAGAGCUCUCAUGGACAUGAAAGCGAGCCUAGACCCAGAAAGCAAGUACCUUUCCUCGUGGACCGUCAAUGGCGAUCCUUGCGAUGGGUCCUUCCAAGGCGUCGGUUGCGACGACAAGGGCCUCGUCGCCAACAUUUCGCUGCAGGGGAGAGGGCUCACUGGGAGGCUCUCUCCGGCCAUUGCUGGGCUCACCCACUUGACUGGCCUUUACAUUCACUACAACUCCCUGUGCGGAGAGAUUCCGCGAGAGAUAGGCAACUUGAGCGAGCUCAGCGACUUGUAUCUGAACAUGAACAAUCUCUCUGGCCAGAUUCCUCCUGAGAUGGCUGACAUGGGAAGCUUGCAAGUUAUGCAGCUCUCUUACAACCAGUUGACUGGAAGUGUACCUACACAGCUGGGAGCUCUGAAGAAGCUCAGUGUUCUUGCUCUGCAAUCUAAUCAGCUCACUGGUGCAAUACCGGCAAGUUUAGGUGACCUGGGGACGUUGAUGAGGUUAUAUUUGAGCUCCAAUCGCCUCUUCGGCUCGAUUCCCACGAGGAUAGCCGAUCUGCCUCUUCUAGAAGUCUUGGAUGUCCAAAACAACACUCUAUCUGGCAAUGUACCUCCUGCGCUGAAGAGACUGAACGAAGGGUUUCUGUACGAAAACAACGUCGACUUGUGUGGGACUGGGUUCCUCUCUUUAAGGACUUGUAAUGCUUUGGAGAGUCGACCCCAACCAUUUGGGGCUGCGACAAGAGUACCCUCCACAGGUAUACCCGAGACAGCCAAUGUGGUGUUACCAUGUAACCUGACUGAAUGUUCUGGUUUGCCAAAAUCAGCACAUUACUCUGCGCUUAUUGGAUCAAUCUUGGCAACUGUUGCAUUGUCAGCCAUAGGGAUUCUUACGUUCACACACUACCGUCGGAGGAAACAGAAACUUGGCUUUUCGGCCGAGGCUUCUGAUGGCCAUGUAAGUACUGAUCAGCCCAAGAGUGCUUAUAAAAAAAAUGGCUCUCCUUUAGCCAGCCUGGAGUAUUCAAUUGGAUGGGAUCCGCUUGCUGAUGCUCGGAUCGUUAAUGAGUUUUCUGAAGAAGCUUUCCAGAGCUUCAGAUUCAAUCUGGAAGAGGUGGAAUCCGCCAGUCAGUAUUUCUCGGAGUUGAAUGUGUUGGGUAAGAGUAACUUCUCUACCACAUACAGAGGAAUACUGAGAGACGGUUCUGUAGUCGCCAUCAAAUGCAUCAAUAAGACUAGCUGCAAGGCUGACGAAUCUGAGUUCUUGAAGGGUUUGAAUAUGUUGACCUCGCUGAGACAUGAAAAUCUGGUGAGGCUGAGAGGAUUCUGCUGCUCAAGGGGCCGUGGCGAGUGCUUCCUGAUAUAUGAUUAUGUUCCGAAUGGGACUCUGCUAAGCUUUUUGGAUUUGAAGGAGGGCGACAGUGGCACCCUUGAGUGGUCCGCUAGAGUUUCGAUUGUGAAGGGAAUCGCUAAAGGUAUUGCCUAUUUGCAUUCUCACAAACCAAAGAAGGCCCCCCUCCUUCACCAAAACAUCUCGGCAGACAAGGUGCUCAUUGACCAGCGAUACAAUCCGUUGCUCUGCCACUCUGGUCUCCACAGGCUUCUCACGAACGAUGUCGUGUUCUCGUUGCUCAAAGCUAGCGCUGCCAUGGGCUACCUAGCGCCUGAGUACAUGUCCACGGGCCGGUUCACGGAGAAGAGCGAUGUCUACGCGUUUGGAAUGAUUGUGUUCCAGAUUUUGUCGGGGAAGCAGGAAGUUGAUCACUCCAUGCGUCUGGCUGCUGAAUCGUGCAGAUUCCAGGAAUUCAUCGAUGCGAAUAUCCACGGAAGGUUCUUCGAGUACGAGGCGGUUAAACUUGCGAGAAUCGCCUCGCUUUGCACUAACGAGUCUCCUUACGACAGGCCAUCCAUGGAGGCCGUGAUUCACGAGCUGAGCAACUGUAGCAGCUGUCUCUGAUUGUGAGGCCUUAUUGGAUAAAUGUGCCAAGAGCUGUUUCAAAAGUCAUUGGUAUAAGUAGGUCCGAAGAAGCUACCUGCGCUGCCACUAAUGUUGUGACCUACCGGCUUCAACCUUCUUUUUGGUUUUGGUCCUUUGCGUUAGGGCUACGCUCUCUCGUGUAUGUUCGAGCCCGGUAGGGAUGAAUUUCUUUAAUCUGCGCAUGUAUAAUUGCUUUGCGAAAUAUUUUCUUUAGGAGUAGGUUCAUUUCGGAAUUA